AUGUCACUAACCGAUUCCGAGGAUUCCGAUGCUGUCUGGAUCAGCCCAGACGAUAUUCGUGAUUUCAACGAAGAUCAUAUACUUCCCCUUCCCCCGGAUGAACUUGAAAAUAUUAGAACCUGGCUGCAGCCUACACCUUAUGACCUAGAGCGAUCUGAGUUUUCAAGACAUCUGGCGUCGUACCUUCAAGGCACUGGCCAGUGGUUGUUAUCCACAAGAAACUACAAAGAGUGGCACCAAGGCGUCGAUAAUGGCCUCCUCUGGAUCAAGGGUAUACCGGGGUCAGGGAAGUCCGUCAUGGUUGCCUCGAUCAUCCAACAGUUGCGUGAAGAGAAGGUACCCGUUCUCUACUUCUUUUUCCGACAGAUUAUCAAUGCAAAUCAUGAACCGGUUGCCGCCCUUCGCGACUGGCUUUGCCAAAUACUCCCCUUUAGCCCGCCCUUGCAGGUUAGGAUGAGAGACGAAUACCUGCAGGAGAAACGCAGUAUCGAUAGCUUAGGUAUGAGCGACCUCUGGAAAGAUCUCAAAUUUGCUAUGUCUACUUUUCCCAAGGUCUACUGUGUCACAGACGCGUUGGACGAAAUGGACCAAGGCAAUGAUGACUUUCUUCACGCCUUGGCCAAACUGGGUCGAUGGCGCCCUGCAAAUGUCAAAGUCCUCAUAACCUCCCGCCCAGUUAUUGCGGUUGAGUCUCCGCUACGGCACCUCGGUAUACCUCAUCUCCAAUUGCAAGAUCGACUUGUGGACAUGGACAUUGCUGCCUAUGUGCGAUACAGAUUGCGGAACUCGUCUAUUCCCCACGAACACUGGAACCUGAUAACUGGAGCCGUACCCGGUCGCGCAAAUGGACUGUUCCUAUAUGCGAAGCUUGCAAUGGAUGCCUUCGUCGAUCGCAGUGCUGAUGUUGAGCUGGUACUCGAGAAGUUACCAGCGGAUCUGAACGUGAUGUAUAACGAUCUAUUGUGUGACCAUGCCAAGCGCUCGAACGUUCCAGACGAGUUUCAGCUUCUUGUCUUGCAGUUUGUUACCCAUGCAACUCGACCUCUCCGUUUACUGGAACUCGCUGAGAUGACUAAAACUUCAUAUGUUCCAUUCCGGAACUACACGUUGAAAGAGAUCAAAGACCUGGUUCGAGCUGCUUGUGGUCCGCUGUUACAAGUCCUGCACGAUGAGACUGUCUCUGUUGUUCAUCACUCAUUUACCGAGUUUCUCAAAGGACUCACGCGCUCAAAGCAUUUGAACGAUGCGGGCUACCCUAUCUUGGAAGUCGGCCCAACCAACAAACGUCUUGCCAUUGCAUGCAUGGAUUAUCUUACCUCUGGAUGCUUGGACGAGAUUGAGGUCAAGAUGCGCAGUGAAGCGAAUGAUCUUUAUGGACCUAAAAAAUCCGAACAAAGUGACAGCAGGCUCCGGUUUCCAUUCCUCGAAUAUGCAGCUACUAAUUGGUACAUCCAUGUCCGUCGCGCAGUCUUGGCCGGUGCAGAUAUGUCAUUAUUUUAUUUGUCACUCGACAAUUUUUUUGCCAACAAGCAGAGAUUUCUUAGUUGGCUGGAUAUCGACUGGCCAGAGAAUACGAUCCAAGGCCUCACUCCACUUCAUGCUGCUGCUCGCAUUGGAUUGACCGAGUAUGUCAGACACUUGCUUCAGGAAAGAGAUGCUCAACCCAAUGUCAAAAGCCAUCGAGGCGACCCCCCUCUCUAUUGGGCCGCUCUUAGUGGGCAUGCGGAUGUCGCGCAGGUUCUCAUAGACAAUGGAGCGGAUCCGGAUGGAGAGGCAAACCAAGGAUAUAAACCUCUUCAUAAAGCUGCUAGCUGUAACCAAGCUGAUGUGGUUAAGGUUUUACUUGUAGUCGGUGUGAGCCCACUCACACCCAAGACCAAAGAAACCCCUGGCAGAAGAUGUGGCAAUGCACCGACGUCGAUCGGUCAUACCCCGUGGAUGUACGCUUGCAAGAAUGGAGGAAUUGAGACACUGGCCGAGUUCCUGCCUUAUAUCAAAUCUUCUGAGCAGAUGCUACGAGGCCUUUUUUGGAUGACAGAAUCAGGACAUGCGGUCUGUGUCGAACUGAUCCUUCAACAGCCAAGCCUAGACGUCAAUUCCAAGUACCUAGGCAAAACAGCUCUUUUCCAAGCCUGCUCGGAAGGGCAUAUAGAUGCGAUAAAUGUUCUUCUCAAAGUGGGAGCCGAUCCCAAUGUUCUUUGCGAUUACUCCGUGGAUGCAGUUGACGAUAUGCAUUUCGCGGAAAUGCAUAUCCGAUCUAAAGACGCGAACCAAAGUGAACAACCACGGGGUUACACUGCUCUGCAUGCUCUAUGUGGAAUUAACAGCAGAAUGCCACGCAUAAGGUCCGCUGGAGAUCGCGCACUUGGCGUUCGACUCCUCCUAGAAGCUGGGGCAAAUGUUCAUUUGAAGUCUCCAGAUGGUAAAACUGCCUUGCAUUUUGCCUGUUCAAAUGAGAUCAAGGUGGUGAGACUUCUGUUGGAUGCAGGUGCAGACCCCACCGUAGAAACGAAUGAUGGGAGCACAAUAAUACACACUGAUGGAUCCACGGAUAAGGAACUGCUACCUCUGCUGUUGGGAUCGGGCCGUGUUGAUGUCAAUGAGCUAAUGACGAAAGGACGGGAAAAUCCUCUAUUCCUUCGGCUUCAGGGACAUUAUCCGGAAUCAAUCAUUGAGCUUCUCAAAUACAAAUUAGAUGUAAAUAAGGCAAGAUCAGACGGAAAUCGCCCUCUACAUAUUUCUUUUAGCUCGUGGUCAUUCCGUCCUAAGAAUAUUGUUGUUGAUGCCCUUCUCGCAGCCGGUGCUGAUCCGAACUUGCAGAAUGCGAAGGGUGAGACGCCAUUACAUCUACUGGGACAUUGCGCCAAGCUUGAAAUAGUCUCCAAGCUUGUGAAUGCGGGCGCCGACCUUGAGCUUCGUGAUAUGGAAGGCCAGACAGCUCUUUUCAAGAAUGUCAUGACCGACGACCUAGCCAGUGACAAAGUUACGCUUUCCAAUAUUCUGAUUGAGCUAGGCGCUCGGCUGGACACACGGGACAACAAAGGCAGGACUCUAUUUCAUCAGGUUGUGCUCAAAAGGCUUGGUAAUUUAGAAUAUCUCAUGUCGCGAAUGGACUUCGAUCCUUCUGUUGUGGAUGAUAAAGGAAAUACACUUUUUCAUGAGGCGGCAUCAAAGAAAUGGCAAUCUGAGAAAUUGGAGAUAUUCAUUCAUCUGACCAAGCUGGGUGUUGAUAUUGACAAACCCAACAACCGUGGUAAGACCAUUUUACACAAGAUGUGUGCGAGGGAAUGCAGACGCUCCAGCUGGAACCCUUCUGUGAAGACCGCUUUCGACUAUGUCCUUCAAGAAUGUAAAAUCUUGAAUCCUCGUGACAUAAAUGGAAUCCAACCCUUGCAUGUUGCCGCCGCUGUCUCCGAGGUUUAUGUGUUUAAGCUUCUUGAAGCUGGGGCUUAUCUGUUCGGGACCACGAAUGAGGGCUUGACGGUGCUUCACGUUGCAGCUCGGGCUCGAAACCCUGGUGUUAUUGGCGUAGUUCUUCGAAGGCUUGCUGAUCUGGAAGAUGCUGCAUUCAAAGCAUUUAUCAAUCAGCAGACUGUGGAAGGGAAAACAGCGCUUCACUAUGCUUGCCUCGCUGGUCGAUCCGAAAGCGUUGAUCUUUUGCUGGACGCUGGCGCAGAUCCUAAUUUACCGGGCAAGGAUGGGUACACGCCGCUCAGGACAUGUGCUGAUUUUGAAGUUGAACAAUCACGGUGGAACAUAGUUGUCCAAAGGGACGAUCACCGAAAGGGUCGUUUUAAAGCACAAAGUCAAGCACCAAGACAAGCACAAAGAGCGAUCAGUAUGCUACUACAUAGCCACGAUCUGCCAACAACUGUUGACGAUUCCGGGAGGCUCAAUUGGCGUAGCCAUAGUAUAAAGCAGGAGUCAGCUUCAACUCAUCUCGACGGCAUUUUGAAUUCUUUGGUUCUUCACGGGGCAGAUAUUACCGGGCAUGAAAGCUCUCUCCGUGAGGCGGUCCAUACUGCCAUACUUCAUCGUCGAGACUAUACCGCUAAGUGUUUGUUAAGAUUACAGUCUCGUUUUGUUCCUAACAUGAAGUUAGAUGACGAUGGCUUCGUUGCCACGAGGUCUCGCUUGGAAAGUGAAAGGUCAUCUUUGAGGCAGGAGAAUUGUAACAACAAUCGGCAAACGAAUGAUGCAAACCGCCGUGCUAGAAGAGCUUUUUAUCUCACUAAGCUACUGGGUCUUCGUCAGUACGAAAUGGUGAAAGAAACGACGUCAGACAUGGACGUUUUAGAUCUUGAGGCGUUUCGGAUGUUCGGUGAAAUUUCUCUCUUGCAUACCCUUGCGAAUUUUGGCUUGUCAGAUGUUCUAAAGUCUGUCUGUACCCGUGCCGUCGCACUGAAGUUUGAUGACCACGAGUGGUGCAACGAAGCAGAGGCUGCAAAUCGUAUGAACAGACUCAAGAUAGAGCCACUUAUUAUGGUCGCGUGCAAUCGGGAAAUCCCGAAUAUGGCAGUGCUGAGAUUCCUUGUCGAAGAAAUGGGUGUUGACGUCAAUGCAACAAGCAGAAAAAUUAUUUUCCGUGAUAAUGGGAAGCGCCGCGAGUUCGUACCAGGCAAAAGCGUACUGCAUGAUCUUGCCGAGGGCAACAGUUGGUGGAAUGUACAUGAGGCGCUGCCUUACCUGAUGCAAAAAGGAGCUGAUCUGAAUCUGCGCAAUGAGGUUGGGGACACUCCAUUGCACAUUGCUGUGGAGGAAAAAAGGUACAAAGGCGUCUUCUACAAAGAGGCUAUAGAAGUCCUUUUGGAAGGCGGUGCAGAUGCCAAUGCUGUGAAUUACCACGGGGAGUCAAGCCUCUCAAAAGCUGGCACUGACACUGGGCUGAUCAAGCGGCUUCUAUCGUACGGUGCUAAGAUUUCCCCAGCAGCCAUAUUCUCCGCGAUCGAGCUCCAGCAAGUUGAACUUUUGGAAUUUUUUCUUGCUCAAGGAGACUUUGCAAAUCUAAGGCAGCCUGCGUCUGAAAGCUCGGAAAGAAAUGCAGUACACGUGCAAUCUGUAGUUCCCACAUCUGAGAAGUACCCUUUAUUUCAUGCAGCGUUUUACACAGUUCGAGACAUUAGAGGGAGAGAAAAGGAUCUUAGCCCUGCACGAAUAAGCAUGAUGACAGCGCUCCUUCGCCAUGGGGCAAAUCCAUACGCCACUUUUGUCAAGCUUCAUCGGGUCAAAAAUAAAUCAUUCAAAAAUGACGUAAAAGAUGAGAGUGAUGCAGGAGUAGAGUGGAAAUCGGAAACGUGCACCAUCAUACAUGAGAUAUUGCAGAGUGGACGGGUAGUCGAACCCCUAUUUGAUCUUCCGUCUCUUGAGCUUGAAACACGCGAUGCCAAAGGCCAAACAUUGCUUCUGGCUGUUUCCCGCGGCCCAAUAAAGCGCCUUGAGGAACUGAUCACCCGUGGAUCGGACGUCACCUCUCAAGAUCAUGAAGGCAGAACUAUUGCGCACAAUCUCACGCAACAUCAACCCACAGAAGAAAAUUACAAGUUCCUCAAGACUCUAUUCAGUCACCACCCGCGUCUGAUCCACAUGACUGACAACGCCGGUGAUACUCCGCUUCAUUACGUACUGAAAGCAAAGGAAAUACGCCUUGACUACAUCGAUAUCUUGGUCGCACACGGUGCCAAUCCACUUCAACCAGAUUCGGACGGCAACACAGCUCUCCAUUUCUUCGCCCAGAAGCCUCGCACUUACCAGUCACGUAUUGAGCAAUUUCAAGAAAUGGGUGUGGAUAUUAAUGCACGCAACAAGAUGGGGGACUCCCCCAUCUUCGGGUAUAUUGCACACGGCUGGCUGAGAGCUGGAGGACAAUCUGCGUAUUUUUACAACAAGGGACACGAGAACCAUGAUGAUGUUCACUAUUUACGAUAUUUCCAGCAAAUUGGAGCUGACUUUUUCGUACGUAAUCAUGCAGGAUCGUCGCUCCUUCAUGUUUUGGCCGGCCGAAAGUUGAAUGUUAGUCCUUUCAUGGACAAAGCAGAGAUUACAGUACCGAUCAAGAAUGUUGUCAACUGGUUUGAGUUUCUUACGGGUAUGGGUCUGGAUCCUAUGCUCGAAGAUGCUCAACAGCGCACUUGUUUAGAUGUCGCUGCCGCUUGUGAGAGCGAACAUAUUCUGAAAUUGUUUCAACAAAAAGCGGUAGAAUGUGAUUGA